CAGAGUUACUCUGCCGCGGGGGCGAGCGCGCAGGCGCCUUCUUCCGACCCCUGGCCGGCGCGAAUCCCAACCUUCCGCGGGAGGCUGGACUUUCUCUUCAAAGACAUAAACAUCACUAUAUUUAACUGCUUGGAAAAGAAGUAUCACUUAAAGUCAUCUCAAGCUCCUAAUUCGAAAGGGUUCAUAACAGUCCUCUGGUCAAGAAAAGAAGAGACUUACUGUGUGUUGAAAGUAUUCUGAUACAGCUCCUGUUUAUCCUCCCUCCCUAAAUCUGAAGAACAGCUAUGGAGAAAUGGUACUUGAUGACAGUUGUGGUCUUAAUAGGACUAACAGUACGGUGGACAGUUUCUCUUAAUUCUUAUUCAGGUGCUGGAAAACCCCCUAUGUUUGGUGAUUAUGAAGCUCAGAGACACUGGCAAGAAAUUACUUUUAAUUUACCAGUCAAACAAUGGUAUUUUAACAGCACUGAUAACAACUUACAGUAUUGGGGACUGGAUUAUCCACCUCUUACAGCUUAUCAUAGUCUCUUAUGUGCAUAUGUGGCAAAGUUCAUAAAUCCAGACUGGAUUGCUCUCCAUACAUCACGUGGAUAUGAGAGUGAGGCACAUAAGCUCUUUAUGCGCACAACAGUUUUAAUUGCAGAUUUGCUGAUUUACAUACCUGCAGUGGUAAUAUACUGUUGUUGCUUAAAAGAUAUCUCUACUAAGAAAAAAGUUACCAAUGCAUUAUGCAUAUUGCUAUAUCCAGGACUUAUUCUUAUUGACUAUGGACAUUUUCAAUAUAAUUCUGUGAGUCUUGGCUUUGCUUUGUGGGGUGUUCUUGGAGUAUCUUGUGACUGGGAUCUGCUAGGGUCACUAGCAUUUUGCUUAGCUAUAAAUUAUAAGCAAAUGGAACUUUACCACUCCUUGCCAUUUUUUUGUUUUUUACUUGGCAAGUGUUUUAAAAAAGGAAUCAAAGGAAAGGGGUUUGUACUGUUAGUCAAGCUAGCGUGUACUGUUGUGGCUUCCUUCAUUCUCUGCUGGCUGCCAUUCUUUACAGAAAGGGAGCAAAGCCUGCAGCUUCUAAGAAGACUCUUCCCAGUUGAUCGUGGCUUGUUUGAGGAUAAAGUAGCUAAUAUCUGGUGUAGCUUCAGUAUCUUUCUUAAGAUCAAGGAUAUUUUGCCACAGCACAUCCAGAUAAUAAUCAGCUUUUGUUUUACAUUUUUGAGCCUGCUUCCUGCAUGUGUAAAAUUAACACUACAGCCUUCUCUCAAAGGAUUCAAAUUUACUCUGGUGUGCUGUGCACUCUCUUUCUUUUUGUUUUCUUUCCAAGUACAUGAGAAGUCCAUUCUCUUGGUGUCAUUACCAGUGUGCUUAGUUUUAAGUGAAAUUCCUUUUAUGUCUACAUGGUUUUUACUUGUGUCAACAUUUAGUAUGCUGCCUCUUCUGUUGAAGGAUAAACUCUUUAUGCCCUCAGUUGUGACAGUGAUAGCAUUUUUUAUAGCUUGUACAACUUCUUUUUCAAUAUUCGAAAAGAUUUCUGAGGAAGAAUUGCAGUUGAAAUCCUUUUCGGUUUCUGUUAGGAAAUAUCUUCCAUGGUUUACAUUUUUUCCUAAAAUUAUACAACAUUUGUUUCUUAUCUCAGUGAUCACUAUGGUGCUUCUGACGCUGGUAACUGUCUCAGUGGAUCCUCCUCAAAAAUUACCAGACUUAUUUUCUGUGUUGGUAUGUUUUGUAUCCUGUUUGAAUUUCCUGUUCUUCUUGGUAUACUUUAACAUUGUAAUCAUGUGGGAUUACAAAAGUAGAAAAAAUCAGAAGAAAAUCAGGUAGCUGUAUCUGUAAGCAAAUGUGAAAAUGUUAACUGCAAAAAGUUUUUGUGAACUUUUUGCUAUUUGCUAUAUAUAAAUCUAUUAUUACUUUGAGAAUAAUGGAAUUAUAGGAAAUGUUGAAAAGUCAUUGAUGUUUACACAAAUGUAUGUAGUAACCAAAGCCCAAUGGAGGCUUUUUUCUGAUUAUUAUGUAGCCAAGAUAUAUUGUAGUUUUAUGAUUAUUCAAGUGGGAAAAUAAAAGAAAAAUUCCCUUAAUCCUCAUGUUUACUUAGGAAAUGUUCUUGGAUUUACUGCCUUGAAGAAAAACCUACAAAUACAGUGAGUUAAUAUACUAGUCACUCUUUAAAGGAAAUCAAUAAUUUUGGUAUUUAAAUUUAGUUUUCCUUACCCUUUAGAAGACAACAAAUAUGUAAUUCAUUUUAGAAAUUAUAUCUCAGGGAUUGAAUUUGUAGUUAUCUUUUUAAUUAUUGUGAGGAAUUUAAAAUGCCUUUUUAUAUGUGCAAAUUUGAAUUUUUUAACAGGGCAGUGAUAUUAAACCAUGUUAUUAUUUAUUGCCAUGAAUGUUGAUUUACUUGACUGUAAUUAAAACAAUAAACUUUUUUCAUUUUAAAUCUAAGUGAUUUAGUGAAGCCUUUUUUUUGCUUAUGACCACUAGGUUUUAAACUUCCAGGAUCAUUCUUCAGUUAAAUGACCAUAUACAGGACUUCAUACAUCUGUUCUCUUUUGUUAUAACAUGGUUCAAAGUUAUCACUGCCCUAAGCAGUGAUUCAUAUUAUGCUUCUUGUUAACUUGGCCUUGU